CUUUUCUCAACCUCACUCGCCCUUCACGCAUACCAACAUUCAAACCUUUUCACCCUCGUUCACUCUCGUUCAAGAACGUCUCUCACAGUCACCGCUAUCUUUCAUUUUUCCACGAAAAGUCUUUCUUCCGAAAAGUUUUAUUUUUAACGACAAAAACGGACCCGAAUCAGGAGCAAAUCAAGAUUAAAAUUAUCGAUCAAAAAUACAUUCGAUUAACACCAUUUAAAUUUCCCGUAUCGCAGGCACGCUCCAGUCCCAAGACCAAAGCCUCCACCUCUACCACCACCGAAGACAUCCAAGCCACCAAAGACAUCCGAACACGUAUCCACAGACAGAACCUCGGGAAAGAGAAUCGACAAGAAAAUCGGUACCAGAGGUACCAAGAAGAAGUAACCGUCCGAUCCCAGAAAUGGAUAUUUACCUUAAACGUUUGGAAAAAAAUACGGUCGGAUCGCUGCAGCUGCGUGGACGGUGACGCGUUAUUCUCGUCGUUGGAAGUACAUUCACCGAACUACCGAAAUGGAAAUAGUCGCGAAACGGGAGAACGAGAGCGAACGCGAAGACAUCACCACCGCGGAGACGUUUCGUUCACCUCGGUGCACGCGGUUGCAAAAAGUUCUACGCUGCGCGCAAACAGAUACAUUUCUCCCGUGUAUUCGCGAACUAACGAACUUUAACAGAUGUAGACGCGAAGAUGUAAUUGAUUCGUAACAAAUUCUCGCCGUUCUCGGAGAAACUAUCGGUUCAUCGAACAUGUAUAAAUAGUGAUUUGACAGUGGUGUUUCGCUAGUACCGAGAAGAAUCGCCUUCGAGCUACAUUACAUACACUACAUUAAAUUUCACGCGUGACUCCUUAAAUGCACAAGCUCGGGACCGAACAUGUGCGUUUAUCGUAGAGUUCGUAUACUUCGUAACGUUUGCCGACGAGCUUCGAACGUUGAGAAGGACAGCGAAUAAAGAAUAUCGGGUUAGAAUACCGGGUUACGUUACACCAAUCGGCGAUCGAAAUAGAGUAGAGAAAUUUGUGCAUUUAAGGAGACUUUACCGUGUACCGCCAUUUCGCUGACUAGUUGAAACGAGUCCAGCCUGAAACCCACCGAAUAUCGUCCCACCGGAGUGUACAAGACCUCCGGCAUCUUAAAGCACGCUCCGGUUCCAAAUCUGUCCUCGCGAAGCGUCGAUAAUUAGGACAUUUACCUUGUCCCCCAGAGAAAAGGACGUCGCGGGGACGUUGCACGCCAGGGCGUUAUUCCCUAGGAGCUGGACAAGGUAGAAGCGAGAGGUGGCGAUAAAAGCGAGGUAGCGAUAAAAGGUUCCGGAAGGGGGUGAAAAGCGCGAGAGGAGGGACCCUCCGUCGAGGAUGGGACUGCGCGUGCUCUGGCACUCUCCUCCGCCACCCUCUCGCUGGCACGGACGACGGGGUUGCGAGCCGAUAUUGUCGGGCAGGCGCACUGGGCGCGCGACAUCGAGGAUGACGAUAAAAAGAGAACGCAUGAAUCGCGCCUAAACGCACGUUAACCUCUGGGGGGGACUGGCGGCCGUCGCCACCGAAAAUGCGCACCGGCCGCGGAACGGAUAAAAGGGAACCGUCGCGUUCGAUGCGAUUACUUCGUGCGCGUAACGUCCGCGUAGGCGUCGCGACGCCGGGACACCGUUGUGACCGCGGACGAGUACACCAUUAACGUCGUGGAAUCAUGAACAGCUCGCCGCAGAACACGGAGGUGGCCGGGCAACAGCACCGUGCCGCCGUUGAGAACAGCGACGAGGAGGAAUGGAGUGGUGUCGUGGAAUGUGUAAUGUUAUUGCAUCGACUCGUGUAUCGAAAGAAUGAUUUUUAUUUGCUGAAACAGCCUUCCUCGAGCAGUUUCUUGUUGCCCAUUUCGAGUUGUUUUUCGUGGUCAAGGAAAUUCUGUGGGUUGCACAACGCCGUGCUGGAGAGGUCAAAGUCAGAUCGGGUGACACGAACGGAUGAAGAUAGACGCCGACGUACUAUUAUCGUCGAGAAGAAGAAUGGCACGUACGGUUUCACCUUACAGAGCUACGGCAUACAUUACAAAAGGGAGCAGGAAAUCGAGAUGGUCACGUACGUGGACUACGUCGAGUACGACGGGCCGGCGUUCAAAGCCGGUAUGCGGGAAGGCGACGUGAUACUCUCCAUAAACGGCCACGAAAUGGACAGGGCCGACCACAAGACGCUGGUGAAUUUCAUAAAGAACUGUGAUACCAGGAUGCGGAUGGUCGUGUCCUUCGAAGACUGCGUUAGAAAGGUGGAGCUGCACAUGCGAUACAUAGAGCUGCAACGAGCCCUCCAAUCGCGCCUCGGGGAAUUGGAAAGACUCUGCGAGAGGGAACGGUCUAUCCUCAUGGGUCGAUGGAAAACCCAUUCACUGCCAGCACGCAAGAGAACGCCUAACAGCGGGGUCACGGGUAACCCAAAUCAACCUUCGCCGUCGUCGAGUUUCAAUUCAUCCACCAUCCAGUGCUGCAGGCCAGCAACGUCCACGGAACAUCUUCUGCUUUACAACGUGUUCUCCGACGGUAGGCCGUGCCUGGUGCCUCGAAACGCCGCCUGCUUGGUGGCAGUUGGACCGCCACGUUCCCGCAGCGAUCACCACCACUUCCUCUCGAAGAUGCCGAGCGAAUCUGGUGUGACCGCCUCGUCGCGGCACAGCUACCACCAAGCGAACGGGAUGAGCAGCACCCCGGCGAAGUCGAAAUCGCACAAGUCCUGUCAGCAGCAGCAACAGCAGCAGCAAGCUGGCGCCAGUGGUGAGCCGUCGUCUCUGCACGCACCGCCUCAGAGCAGCCUCUGCGUCGCCUGCAUAUCCAGCGCCAAUCGUCGCAGAGAACAAUCGGACAACGGCAGUUUGGACGCGUACGACCUGGCUAGUCCGUGUUGCGAUCCUAAUUGCGUUCCCAGUCGUCGGCGCAGGGAGAAACAGAGGCGCGCGCGAAACGAACAGAAUCACCAUCAGCAACAGCAGCAACAGCAACAGCAGCAGCAGCAACAGCAACAGCAACAGCAACAGCAACAUCAUCACGUGCAACGAGAGCAACCGCAGCAAUCGCAACACACCUCGCACAAUUGCUCCAGGACGUCCGGUCACAGCCUGCACUCCAUCACCAGCAGCGACGUCUCCACCAUCGCCGACAGCGUUGCCUCCUGCACGACCAGCCUAAGCACGGACACCCUCUACUGGGAUCCGUCGAACGUGCACCAACGGCCACCACCGUGCCUUCAGUACGCCAAGCCAAAGUCUUGGGACAAUCUUACCACCAAGGCGUUCGGUGGCUAUGGCUUCGGGUACGGCUACCUGGACACAGCCACCGCGAAGACGCACAGCGCCGAACGGCCGGGGAAGGGUUCCCACGGACGUGCGAAAACGCCGACUGGCACCGUUCAGAGGCGAACCAGCUCCAGCACCACGUAUUCCGGCAGCUCCACCAGGCACUUUCAGCCGAACAAGUCUACCGAGAGCCUGCUGAUACCGCCGCCUUAUCAGGCCGAAUUGGACGCGAGCCUCAGCUGCGAAUGCUUGGACGGGCCAGCCCCGCGGUGCGUGCCCGUCAUCCAAAUGGAGAAGCACGGUCGUCAGGAGGAGGCCGGGUACAUCAUCAGCACCCACACCCAAGUUCGACAUCGCCGGUCUAGCCAUUCGGAUGGGAAACUGAGGCCUCUAAACAAUUCCGAAGCGACGCGACUCUAAAUCCGGGGAAUCGCGGCACGUGGUUCUGGCAAGUGGAUGAAUUACUCGGGGAAGAGGUUCGACGAGUGGAACUCACUCGCUUGGUCCUGUAUAGUUCCAUCGCAUGCUACAACUAAUUAAUCCUGCGUUCAUUUCAAUACGUCGUUACAUUUGUGAUUUUUUUUUUUUUUUUAUCGAGAUGGAAUGCGAGCGAAAGGCUACUUUGUUAUAAAUUCGUAUUCGUAUAAAAAAAAAUUCAAAUUUCCCGCGGGAAAUUGGUGUCGUCACGUAGCGGUGAACACGCCGAACUAUUUUUUUGAGUUUAGUCAGCGGCUCUAUCGGGAAAACGCUCGAGUUCGUCCCCGAUAGUUCCUUUUUGCACCGCUAGAUGGUCGGUAAUUGUCAUCUAAAUCGCGUCAUCUAGCGGUGACUGUUUGAACUAUUCGACGACAAACUUGGGCGUUUUCCCGAUAGAGGCGCUGACCAUACUCCGAAAAUAGUUCCUCUAUUCGCCGUUAGACGGCGACACUAAUUUCCCGCGGGAAAUUUGAAUUUCUCUUCGUUUAAUUAAAGUUCAUUAAAAGCAUUUGUAGAUACCAUCCAGUAGUUUAAGAGUCUUUUUUUUCGUGUAAAUUAAUACACUAAUCAGUUUGUUUUUCGCUGGCGACCUGCACGAGUAGAGACUUUCUUUGGGGACGAGUAGAACUCGAACGGACCAUAUUGUAAUAGGACAAUAAACGAGAUUCCGUGGGAAGAAGUUUGCACGAAAUUUAUCGAUAUCCAAGGUAUCACUAUACCAAGGUAUUACUAUACCAGAACUAUCUAAGGGACAAGUUUUCUAAAGAAAUUCCCCUUAAAAUGAUAAACUAACGAGUAAUCCCCUAAAACGAUUCUUCGCCAUCUUCGCAAUUCCUCCACUUGCUGGGGCUUAAUAAAUUACUUAAUUAUUAUCGUAUCAGAUCGCGCGACGAAUCUGCAUUUAAAUCUUUAUAUCCAGCUUUGUAUCGUGACAAUGGAAACUGUGGCGUAUAGGACAAAAUUAGUAUCGUAUUGUACUCGUCGAACGAUGGAAGAACGGACCACGUUUUUGGAAACUUUUUCGGGAAUACAUGUAUCGGUUACGAGUUUAGUUUACCGAAUUAGUCCCCGACCAACGAAUCAUUUUUUAACGAUGUUUUUCCAAAGAGAUUAUAUAGAUAGAAAUUCGCCAUUGCUUUCCUCCACAGCUUUCGAAUCGUUUUUUAUUCUAGUCCGCAACAUCUGAACGAAACAAAUUCAAUAAGAUGGCCGUGCAACUUAAAAAGACCUAUGACUCCUCUGCUCUAUCUAUACAAUUUCUUUGUAUUUUUCAAGAAUAUCGACUCAAUUCUUGUAUCAAUCAAGACUCUUUUUUAUAAUUGAAUGGCCUGUAUUAAUUGUGCGAGAACAAUUUUUAACCUAUUAUAAAUGUCAAUAGCUGAAUAUCAUUGUUAUUAUAAAAAGUAUAGAUUACCAAACUGUA